AUGCACUCUAUCACCCUCAAUCUCAUGUUCUUAACCUUCUUCAACUUUCUGCAUCGUUCUGCAAGAAUCUUCAUCAAUCGCCAGAAUCACCUUCAAUCUUCAACAUUCAUUCACCUUCUCAAACUGCCACAAUCUUCAACAUCACUGCUUCCAUCUCAACACCUUCACUUCUUCAUUACGACGAAAACCGUAACUUUAUCGACUCCGCAAUUCUCAAAACUUCUUCACCCGCACCAGUUUCGUUGUAUUCGUUUCGUUCCGUAUCUCCAUCAAAGUUGCGAACAACAAUUAAGAACACAACAUCACAAAAUUUUGACGAAAAUAACAACUCAGGGAAAGCGGAACCACAUAAGGUAG